AUGGCUGACUUGUGGCAAGAAGUGAAACGUCUGCAAGCAGAUUUUCAGCGAGCACAACUAACAAGUGCAAAACAGAAACUCUCAGAAAGAAAUGUUGUGGAGAUUGUUAACAAACUGGUAGAGUUGAACUUGAUUGAAGUGAUAUAUACAAUCGAUGGCAAAGAAUACCUCACUCCUCAGGAGCUGGCUAAAGAAAUCAAGGAUGAAGUUAUGGUUCAUGGUGGAAGAAUCAAUUUGUCAGAACUACAGCAAAUCCUGAAUGUUGACUUCAGACAUGUGGAAACCCAAGUCAACGAGAUCAUCAAACAUGACCAUAAUUUGUCGAUGGUCCUUGGUCAGCUUGUGUCCAGAAGUUAUCUUGACAACCUAGCUGAGGAAGUGAACGACAAACUCCAGGAUCAAGGUCAUGUGACCAUAGCAGAACUGACAACCUUGUAUGAUCUUCCUGCUGAUUUCCUAUCUGAGCAUAUACAUGAACGAAUGGGUAGAAUCAUCAAAGGGAAAGUGGAUACGUAUGAUCCAGAUGUCAUAUUCACUGAUGCCUUCAUCACAAGAAUGAAAUCUCGUAUCAGAGGAGCAUUUAGUGCUAUUACAAGACCAACCACAGUCGGUACAAUACUACAUAGAUACAGAUUUCAGGACAGACUCUUCUUCAGUAUCUUGGAGGAGUUAGUUAGUACAGGGCGACUGGCAGGGACCAUUAGUGGAGUCAGACAGGAAAACGCUGCUUACAUCCCUGAGAUCUAUACAAAGACUCAGAACCAGUGGGUUGAUUCCUUCUACAAACAAAAUGGCUAUCUAGAAUAUGAUUCUUUAUCUCGCCUUGGAAUCUCCGACCCUAAAAGUUUCAUCAAGAAAAGGUUUAAAUCUGAGCCUCUGACAUAUCUAAGCACCUGCUGUGCUGGUGUAGGGAUCAAGGAACAGAUCGAAGCUAGUGUGGAGGAAGCUCUUCAGGACAAUUCCUGGGUCAACAUCAUGCCUCUACUUCCGUCCAUAUUCAGUGAGAAAGAUGCUAACCAGCUGUUGACUGAGUGUACAAAACGGAUAACAUCAGUGGUGGUCAGCUGUGACACCAUAGUGUCCAGUCAACAAUUCAUCACAGGCUUUGCUGAAAAAUUCAAGGACAUUGUUGCAUCCAGAGCUGAACAGGAAUCCCGAAAAAAUCCGAAUGUGUUCAAAGAUACCAGUGAUUCUGGUAAAAAGUCCUCUGCUCGAUUGUCGGGAAUGGAUGAUGGAGGGACUGGCCGUGAGGAGAGGAAAGAUCAGAGAAAGAAGAAAGCUCAAAGUAGUACAAAGAGUGGGGGAGGAACACAGGGCCGUGAAGUAAAAACCAAAUCACUGAAAAAGAAAGGGGCUAGAGGACGAGGUGACACGCAUGAGGGUUCUGAUGAUGACGACACAGGAGGAAAAGGAAAGCAAAUGGAAUCCUCUUUCAUGGCAAUAGAGGAAAUGGAGGAUGUUUUAAGAAAGCAGACAGAAUUACGGGAUUGUCCAGACGAGUUUCUUACUGAGAUAGCUCAGCAUCUGCAUAGGCCUUUAACUAAACAGUUUCAUGAGCUGGCGAAGUCCAUAUUUCUCUCACAGUCUGGUUCACUAUCAGGGGCCAGUCGUAAAAAGACACAUGGAGAUUUGCAAGAGAAGUUGUCUGGUCUUUGGACUAAUUGUAAACUGUUCGAAAAGGGAAUCAUUCUCUUUCAAGAUGAGGGCCAGACACAGCUUAUUAAACACAUCCUGAAAACCCUCUGCAGUGACAUAGCCAAUAUGGUCGUCAACACUUUGGCGAUUGAUCACAUGGUGUCUGUUCAAGAUGAAUCAGAAAUUACUCCUGAAGUUCGAGCGAAAAUUAUCAGCCAAUUGCCAGACAGUAUUCAACCUCAGCUUGUCAAGUUCCAUGCCUCCUUAAGCGGCAAGAGCCUUGAGGACUUCUUUUCUCUCCUCGACAAAUUCUGUGGACCUGAAUAUUUAGGCAUUAAUUUGAAGAAACCAGAUAAAAGGAAGGAGAGACAGCUGGUGUUUAACCACCGACAAGUAUUACUAGAGCAGAUGAAUCAGGAAUCAGAUCCUGCCAUGACCCUCCAUCUGGCUGUAGUCUUACUCUUCCAGGCCUAUACCCAGUGUCUGAUCCAUGCCCCUGGCAAGUCUGUCCCACAGAUCAUCCUCUUUCUCAAAGAUCACAUGGACGAAGAACAACAUAAAAUAUUUGUUAGUCUUCAAGAUUUAGUGGUUAAACAUUUGAAACUACAAGGUGAUGAUAAAGAAGAAGAGAAAGCUAAACUAACCACGGAAAUGCAAGAUUUACUCCCUAAAGUGAAAGACAUUGCCUCAAAGGCAAAGAAAACGACAACACAGAGUGAUACGACCUCAUAAAAUUUUAUCUUUAUAAUGGUUGUGUUGGUUUUAAAGUGGAUUUGUGCAAAAUUAAUAGAAUUCAAAUGGGAAUAAAGAUAACAUAUAAGUAUAUACAGUCCUUAAGAUAAUGAAGAUAUGCACAAAGCACCUUAAUUUAUGUUUAUUAUAUGUGGAGGUAAUCUUUUGAAGUUGUAUUUGAAAAUGAUUUAUGCACCCCUAAUGACAACAUGAUGUAUAAGUAUUGUAUACAGAAAUGUAAUAGGUUACACGAAAGAAUAAAUUAUCUGGAAAUAAAGCUUAUUUUCUUCAAUGACACUAUAGUGUUGAAAUGAUUUUUUCUGCAAUUAUUAUAAGAAAAGGACACAAUACCUGUUUAGGUUAAUGACUUUUUUGUUUUUAUGUAUCUGUAGGCUUUGCAGUAUAUUCAGGAGGAUCUACAUGGCAC